GUUGUAAGUUUCACAGCAGAACCAGACAGCGCCGGAGUGAAGUUUUUAUAAAGCGGUUGUGGGCUGAUCCGAGGAGAGAGAGAACCAGUUAUUUAUCCAGUCAUCCCUGUGGGACCAAGAGGUCACCAUGUUUUCCCUGUCGGAGCUGGCGCCUCUGAACCAGCAUCAGGGUCGGUGUAAACUGUUGAAGCCCUGGUGGGAGGUCUUCAUGGACUACCUGGUGGUCCUGAUGCUGAUGGCAUCCGUCCUGGCUUGUACUGAGCAGCUGUCCAGGGAUCGAGUGGUGUGCAUUCCCAUGGAUCCAGUUAUCACUGCGAACACCAGUAAUCGCAGUCCCUCCACUAGCGGGCAAGCAUUGACUCCAGCUCAUGUUUCACGCAACGCCGGCACAAAUCUUCACUCUACAGGCCGGGGUCGACGCACACAUCUGGCCUACCAGCAGUAUGUUUACAUUAGCCAGGUGUGCUACCAUGAGGCUUUGCCUUUGUGCUCCCGCUUCUUCCCAUACAUGGCCAUGCUGCAGUCUCUCGUGCUGGUAGCCAGCGGAUCCUUCUGGCUCCACUUCCCCCACACCUCCGCCCGCAUAGAGCACUUCCUGGCCAUCUUGGCAAAGUGCUGCGAGUCGCCCUGGACCUCUCAGGCCUUGUCUCAUGCCGUCCGGCAGGAGAGCAUCCAAGAGAAGGAGGUGGUGGCGGCGGUGGUAGUGGAGGAGAGACGACCGCCCCAGCCUCCUCCCUCUUCAGCUUCAUCUUCACCCCCGGUAACGCACAUGGGACGCACAAGCAUAGACUCGGGCACAGACAGCCCGCUUUUGAAGAGGUCGGGUAGUGCGUCCUACGGCGCCCCUCCCUCCCCAUGCCCCUCCACACUCUCCUGUAACUCGGCCAUGUCAUCUAUAUCCCUCGGGUCCCAUGUGCACUUUCCUUCCUCCAAGCGUGUCAUGGUUGACAGUCCCAGGCAGGUCAUGAGUCUGGGUAAAAGUGAUGGGGAACAGGCCAGGGCGCUGUUCGAAAGGGUCAGGAAAUUCCGGUCACACUGCGAAAGCUCAGAUGUCAUCUAUAAGGUCUACUUGACUCAGACAGUAUUCAAAUUGCUGAUGGUGACGCUGAUCUUGAGUUACACCAUCCCUCUUCUCAGCUCCCUCUCCUUCACCCACACCUGUCACCCUGAGGAGCAGGCCUUGGUGGGCUACGCUACCUUUGAGUGUAUCCAUGUGCUUUCCUCCCUCCUACGCAAACUGCUGGUAGCUUACCUGACCCUACUGGGGCUGUACGGCCUGCUCAACCUUUACACCCUCUGCUGGAUUUUGCACAGCUCUCUACGGCAGUAUUCCUUCCAAUCACUGAAGGAGCUGUGCUCCCUGAGAGAUGUUCCCGACCUGAGAAAUGACCUGGCCUUUCUUUUACACAUGUUGGACCAGUAUGACCCUCUACUGGCCCAGCGUCUGUCCGUCUUUUUGUCUCCUGUCAGUGAGAGCAGGCUGCUGGGGGAAAGCUUGGAGAGGUGCUGGGGGGAGGAGAAGCUACGUGCCAUGACUAGCGUGGACGCAGAGGGCUGCUCCAGACUGCAGCUGGUGGCCCUGCCUCGCCUACCUCCGGCCCUUUUCACCCUCAGCCAGCUUCAGGUCCUCCAACUGGAGCUCAUCACUGAUGCCAGGUUCACUGCGCAGGUGGCCAACAUGACCUCACUCAGGAAGCUCCACCUCUAUCACUGCACAGCAGCGGUGGAUCCUGGUGCACUCGGAGUCCUCCAGGAACAUCUGGAGGUCCUCCACCUCACUUUUACCCAGGCGUCAGAGAUCCCGAGCUGGGUCCUCUCCCUCCGCAGCCUGCACGAGCUCCACCUCUUUGGCCGGCUGAGUAAUGACGGCGGUGUGGGCCGUGGCUGGGCGUUGGGGAGCCUCCGCCAGCUGCGUCACCUCCGUGUGCUGGUGAUCCGAGGCACGCUACAGCGGAUCCCCGGGGAGCUGUGCGAGGUGGCCGGCAGCUUGGCGAGGCUGGAGAUCUACAACGAGGGCACCAGGUUGCUCGUGCUGACGGGCCUUAAGCGCAUGGUCGACCUGACCGAGCUGCUGCUGCAGGACUGCCGGCUGGAGCGUUUGCCCUCGGCCCUGCUGGCUCUUGCCAACCUGCGGAAGCUCGACCUGCAGCACAAUAACUUGAGGACUCUGGAGGAGCUGCUUAGUCUGGCUCAUCUGCGCCGUCUUUCUUGCCUCCGGCUCGCCUACAACCGCAUUCUGGCACUGCCGGCCAGCGUCGGUGUGCUGCGAGGCCUGGAACUCCUGGAUCUCUCCAACAACCAGCUUCAGAGCCUCCCCCCAGCGCUCUUCACUCUCCGCCGCCUUCGCAAACUCCUGCUGGCUGGUAACCUGCUGGAGGUGCUGCCCUCAGAGGUAAAGGCACUGCAGCUGCUUACAGAGCUGGACCUCAGUGGGAACAGGGUGGAGAGCCUCCCCUCUCCGCUCUUCAGUAGCUGUUUGGAGCUGCACAUCCUUAAUGUGGCUCGCAACUCUCUCAGCUCGUUACCCAGGGGGGUCGCUGCUUUAAGUCGGUUGUGCAGGUUGGACUUGCGCAGCAACAGUCUGGAGGAACUGCCUGCCGAGCUGGGCUGCUGCUCAGGGCUGCAUGGAGGUGGUCUCCUUGUGGAAGACUGGCUGUUUCUUUCUUUGCCUCCACAGGUCAGGAACUUCCUGGGCCGUUCUCGCGGGGGCCCCUCUGGUACUCACUCAGAGGGUCAUUCCCGCCCAGAUUCGGACAGUUUCCCAUACUUCUCUCCUACACAGUGGAGUUUCUCGUCCGCUCUGGAAUCACAGAUUUAAGUAUCCUAACACAGAUUUGCGAGAUUUGCUUUUGCGAUGCUUUCGGGAAAGUGUUGACCAGCUGUUCUUUUAGAAGGCUUUCCUAUUGGUCAUUUUAAUGUGAGGCUUUAACAACCAUUAUUAGCACACGUUACUUCAUUGUACACAUUCUGCACAUACAUUUUCUUACCACACUAAUUACUGAACUAAAUUAGUGGCAACCAAAGGCUUGCAGGACGAUUAAAUAAUGCCUUCACAAAUGUACAAAGCACACUUGUACACUUUGCAGUUACAUUGAGUACAUUAUUCAUAGUAAAUGUACUGAAACACCACCGCUGUUAACCUCAUUACUAUUUAACUUUUUUAGAGAAGGUUUUGCACUUAGGCUACUGUCGAGAACUUGUUUUCCCUAAGAUAGACGAGGAGACCAUCUGCGUGUGUUGUAGGUUUGAAUAAUGGUUGUGGAUAAAUAACUGUUGAACUGGAAGAGGGAAAAAAACAUUCACAAUCACUUGCAGGGAUCUCUCUGAAUAUAACAUGGCACAAAGAUGUGCAUUGUUUAUCAUUAAUACAGAAAUUACUCAAAUUAGUAAUAAGAUGACAAUAAAUACAUUAAUUCAUACGUCUAUAAAAUAUAAAUACACGGUAUAAAGACAAAUAAACAUUUUUAUUUUUGCUUGC